AUGGCUGACGUGGAGGAAGAAGCCAGUGCUGCAGAGUUCAUGAGUGUUCAUUCUGGUGCCACCACACACAGCACAACAGAGCCUGUGCAUGUUGCCUUCAAGGGGAGGUGCUUCAGCCCCCUCACCAGAACGGAGCAGAGGGGCAGAAUUCCCUCCCUCGCCCUGCUGCCCACACAGUUUUUGACGCGGCCUAGGCUGGGGCUGGUUUUCUGGCAAGUCUCAGACCUCCUCCGGCCGACGAGCCUUUUCCUGGCCUGCCAGUUCCAGCCGGGCUGGGACCGGCGCAGGAGCCGGGCCCGGCCGGGGCGGGCCGCCCCCACCCCGCGGCCCCGGGCGGCGGCGGCGCGCGGAGGGGAGGGGAGGGGAGGGGGGAGCGGCGCCCCGUGCGUGCCGCAGCCGGUCACGUGGGCGGCGGGACCGGGGCCGGGGCCGCGAGAGGCUGAGGCGGCGCCGGCAGCAGCGAUGGCGGCGGCGGCGGCGGCGCUGGGCGGGCUCGGCCUCCUGCGCGCCCGGCUCAGGCUCGCAGCCGCAGCCGCCGCGACCUCCGCCCCCCUCGGCCGAAACGGCCACCGCGCGCCCCCGCUGCGAGGAGGCGUCGCCGCCACCGCUCUCCCCUCGGCCGGGAGGAGCUACGGCUCCCAGGCGAAGGAAGAGGAGGAGCUGCGCGUCCGGUACCUGGAUGAUGAGCACAAAGGAAUUGUGGUGCUUGGAUUAAACAGAUCUCAUGCCAAGAAUGCACUUAGCAAAAAUCUUGUAAAAAUGAUGUCAAAAGCUGUGGAUGCUUUGAAAUCUGAUAAGAAAGUACGAACUGUUGUAUUCCGGAGUGAAGUCCCAGGGAUAUUCUGCGCUGGUGCUGACCUUAAGGAAAGGGCAAAAAUGCACUCAAGUGAAGUUAGCUCUUUUGUCUCCAGGGCAAGAGCAACUAUUAAUGAAUUGGCUAAUCUGCCUGUACCUACUAUUGCUGCAAUAGAUGGAAUUGCUUUAGGUGGUGGCCUAGAACUUGCGUUAGCCUGUGAUAUACGGGUGGCAGCAUCUUCUGCUAAAAUGGGCCUAGUUGAAACAAAGUUGGCAAUCAUUCCAGGUGCAGGGGGGACACAAAGAUUACCUCGCACAAUUGGAGUGUCAUUGGCAAAAGAACUAAUCUUCUCUGCACGCAUUGUAGAUGGUGAGGAAGCAAAAUCAAUAGGAUUGAUUAGCCAUGUGGUAGAACAGAAUGAAGCAGGGGAUGCUGCAUACAGAAGAGCAUUAGCUCUGGCAAGAGAAUUCUUACCUCAGGGACCAGUAGCAAUGAGAGUUGCAAAACUGGCUAUCAAUCAGGGAAUGGAGGUUGACUUAGUAACAGGCUUAGCCAUUGAAGAAGCUUGUUAUGCUCAGACUAUCCCAACAAAAGAUAGAAUUGAAGGCCUUCUUGCAUUUAAGGAGAAGAGACCUCCUCGCUACAAGGGAGAAUAAAAGAAUCUGAUGCCUUUAAAAUACAGGGGGAUAAAAGUACUUCUAUGAGGACCAUUAAGGUGCUCUUUGCAUCUGCACCUGAAAUAUCACAAUCACCAAAGUAACAGCAAAUCAUACAGAUGUUACAACAUUUUGAAUGUGUCCAUGCUUAUACAAAGCCAAGACAGAAAUGUGUGUCAGGUCAUGCUCAUUACAGUUUCUGAUGGUUGAUCUGUGUAUUGGCAAAGUCACAAGUUCAUGCAGCAUUUUAAAAAUUACACGUGUAUGAAACAUACCAUUCCACAAUUGAAAAAGCUCUGCAAUUCUUUACAUAGACAAAAUGUAUCUGUGAUGUUAAGCAUAAAUCUGCUCUAUCAUUUUAUUAAAACAAAAGCAACUACUGAACACCAAAAAGAAGAAACUGUACCAAAUAUGCAUUUAAAUUAUUCUGCAUAUCAGUAAAAAUUAUAUUUGAGUAUUCUAUCAGAAUAUCUAUAUUAUUAAUAAAGCUGGGGGAAAUGAAAAAGGAUUAUAAUUCAGAAAAUGUUAAGCUUUGUUUAUCUUACUUACUAAGCAACAUGAAAUUCACUUUAGCACUUAGUGGUGUCCUUUUGAUAAAGUUGUUGCCAUUAUAUUAAUUUAAUUGUAUUAAAUGAUGACAUUUUCGAGGCCAGCCUUUAAUUAUUCAUUCUUGUAUGUUAAACUUGUCUUUGAGUCGCUUUUAUCCAACAUAUCAUCUGAUCAGCACUGUAAUGGAACUUUAUUUCACUUGUCCCAGUUAUUUUAAAUUUUUGAUGAUUGUAUUAAAGAUGGCUGUGCGGGGAUAUGACCAAUGUGCUGUAAUAGAACCUAGCAUUAUCUUAAUCUCCAGAAUAUUCCUUUUGCAAGUUUUAUGAAUGUAUAUUUAUAUACAACAGGGAUGAUGUUAAAAGGUUCUUUAUUCUGUGGUGGCCUCAGAGUUCUUUUCAUACAUUACAAGAGAAAUGCAGUAGGUUUCAAGGUAAGAAAACUUGUGAUUCAUACUGUGUAUUUGCAGUGGACACAGCAUAUACAGGAAAUGUCUGGAAAUAACCUUGUAGAAAGUAUUUUUGUUAAUUUGACUGGAAAAUAAACAUGGCUUAGCAGUCCAA